UCUGAGCAGUAAUUAAAUGCUUUCAUAAAUUCAUUCAUAAAAAUAAAUCAAAGUUAUGUUUCACAAAAUAUAAUUAUUAUAUUAAAGAACUUUACUGAUAAUUCGUAUUAAGAAAGGCGAAUAUUGUAAGUAAAAUUUAUAGGCGUAAACGGCAUGGACACAAAAUUUGAUAAUUUCGAAACCACAAAUUUUACGACGGGCUACGAUAACAUGUUUCAAUCGGAAGGAGCAAUCGAUGGCGAGGCAGACGAUAUUAUAAUAGUGCACAUGGACAUACGAGAGCCAUUAAGUACGUUAAGACAAUUGGUGGGACAGAAAAUUGGACACGAUUUAAGCGAUUACAGUUUCAUGUUACAAGAUGCACAGGAGUUGGAGCCACAUAAAAACCUUGUUGAUCAAUGCGUCAAAGGUGAAGGUUUAGUACAAAUCAAUGUCCAAAUACAAACUAUAACACAACGAAUUAACAUUGUUGAUGUACUGAAACCAACAGAGGCGGCAUUAGCUGAAAUAAACGGAAAGGAAGAAGAAAAUCAUGAAUCAAGAGCAGAUAAAUAUAAAUCUGAUGAUGAUUCUCAAGAGGAAAAAGAUAAGCCAACCGAUAACGCACUCGAACAACCGUGUCUUAAUUGGGUGUUAGAUUUAAAAUUCAAAAAAGAACAAGUGCGUCUUAAAAUACCAGAGAAUCCAUUUUUAUGGAAUGUACAACAAGUGAAGCAUUGGUUUCAAUGGGCUGUCCGUCAGUUCAACUUGUGCGGUUUUAAGAUGUCUGACUGGAUGUUAGAAGGUAAAGAGCUAUGCAACUUAACACAUGAAGAAUUUUGUACUAAAAUACCGAAAGAUCCUGGCAAUAUUUUUUGGACGCAUAUACAAUUAUUAAAAGAAUGUAAAUUUGUCUCAGUAGUACAUCCGCUGGCAAAAAUUGCAAAGGACGAAACGAACAGCAAUCCAAACGGUCUUAAGGAGCUGAAAAUUAUGCGAAAAUCUUCAACAUUUACUCAACCCAAAACAAUAAAUACAGACCAAAUAAACAAUCCAACUUUGCAAACCAACGCUGUUAUUGCUAGCUGUGGUAUUGGCUCCGGCAAUAAUGGACAAGUGCAACUCUGGCAAUUUUUAUUGGAUAUAUUAACUGAUCGUGAACAUACCAACAUUAUACAAUGGGUUGGAACUGAAGGUGAAUUUAAACUUAUCGACCCGGAACGUGUAGCACGGUUAUGGGGCGAACGCAAAAAUAAACCUGCUAUGAAUUAUGAAAAACUGUCACGUGCUCUGCGUUAUUAUUAUGAUGGUGAUAUGAUAUCAAAAGUGAACGGAAAACGGUUUGCUUAUAAGUUUGACUGUGACUUAAAAUUAUUAUUGGGCUAUAACGCAUCGGAGCUGUCCACAUUGGUAAAUGAAAACACUUCACCUUCAAUACUCCUUGAUCAAUUAAUUGAAGAUGUCUGACAUGAUGAUUUUAUAAUAAAAGAGGAACCGGCUUAUUUUCUAGAAAUUGAAACAAUGUCGGAAAGUAUUUAGAAGUGUAAUCAUUAAAUUACGUUGUACAAAAUACUUUUAAAAUAUAUUUAGUACUAUUCCGAUUUCCCGAGUACGGUGAUUUCACAACAAAUUUUUGAAGAUGGCCAAUAUCACAAAAACUAAGCUUUAUUGACAAAUAGCUAAAGUUACAUAAUAUAGCUUUCUUCAUCAAGAUCUGUUGUGGAAUGAGCGCAUUUCUCAAACUUGAAUUAUGAUAUAUAUUUAUCUCAUUUUUAUAUAUAAAACUUUUAAUAUACAUAUAUAUUUUAUAUACUCCUCUAAAGAAAAAAAUCAAAUUAAGAAAUAUUAAAAAAAAUUUAUUUUUU